AGAGACCAAAAUAAAAAUUUUAAGUGUCAAAAACAGAAUAAAUUCUAAAAAGAAUAAAAAAAUAUGUUUGAAAUGUAACUAAAAUAUUUGUUAAUUAUGGAAGCAUUUAUAAUGAAUGAAGAUAAAGUAUUCUGUGAGCGUGUCAUAAAUGAGUUGGAUAAAGUGCUGAAAAAUAGUCAAUCUUUAGUGCAAACGUUUGAAGUUAUUCAAGUACCAUUUAAACAAAAUAAAUCGCCUAUUCGAUUAGUUCACAACCACUUAGGCAUCGAGAGUUGGUGUAUUAGGUACGUGUACCAGUAUGCCCACCAAUUAAUUAUUAGCCACCGAAAGCAGAACAGAUUACCAGCAUCGAUUGUUAAAUAUUUGAACUGCGCUAUUCUUAUCAAUCCUGAUGUGGCAACGUUUUGGAAUAUACGAAGAUAUUUAGUCGAACGUGUGCAGUUAAAUCUCACCCAAGAGUUCCAAUUCUCUUCUCUUGUUUUAAGCAAGAAACCAAAGUCAUCAGAGGCUUUCUUUUACCGUCGUUGGCUCUAUUCGUUUCAAAGUGGAGAAGCAAUCGACUGGGCUGUAGAAAUAAGCUUAUGUGAAAGAUGUUCUGAACGCAAAAAUGGAAAUUAUCAUGCAUGGAAUCAUCGGCAAUGGGUUUUACAAAAAGCACCAAAUCUUCUUAGCUAUGAAAUCAUAAAAACAGAAAAAUUUAUCCGCAAAAAUAUUGCUGAUUACAGUUGCUAUCAUCAUCGCCAUUUCGUGCUUUCAAAGUUAUUUGAUAUCCAAUAUUAUGAUGUGCAUGAUAACAAUUUAAAUGAAAUUUAUCGAUUCGUAAAUGUUGGUCUUAGUGAUGAAGCAAAAGUCAACAAUUUAGAAGGUCUUAUCGCAUAUCUCUUUCCGAACAUCUCAAUAGAAACUAUUAAUAUGACAAAAUUAAACAGUUUGCUUUACCUGUUGAACCUAAUAAUUUAUGACUUGAAUAUGAUUGAAGAGUUGAUUCUUAUGCAUGGAAAAUACGAAGCUUUCAAAAGCUAUAAACGUGUUAUAAUUAGCCUAGCUUUAAGAAUAAUCAAAUUGUGUACCUACACUGAUUAUUUAACAAUUGGACAUUUUACUAAUACAACAAAGCCAUUAGAAAACACGGAAAUUAAAACUCAAAAUACUGUUAUCGAACAAUUAUUAAAUCAACUUGAUUCAGAUGACAACAACUAUAUUAAAAUAUUUUUCUAAUUGAAUAAAGUAUGUAAGUCAAACAUGAAGUUGCUCCAUUAAUAUGACAUUGAAACAAGUGAACGAGACCAAAUAAAUUUCGAAGUUCAGCAACUGGAAUCCAGGAAAGUUUUUGUUAAUAGAUACUUUAUUUGUUCUUUUCUUGCUAAGCAAAUUACCUACCUAUAAUUAAAAAAGUACAUUCAGAAGAUUUUGUUAGAAAAAUAAAUAGGUAGUUGCAUAUAUGAUAGUAAAAAUAUUUUGAAAUGUUCAUUUGAAGCUAAUAAUUUUAGAAUAAAAAAUUAGGCUUUCAAGUAUAUAGAUACAAUAUUAAAAAAUUUAUAUUUCGUAUUUUUAAUUUGUUUUGCACAAUCUUCA